UGCCCGGCUAUGUUUUUGCUUCUUUGGACAGACAAGGUCUCAUUAUGUGGCCCAGGGUAAUACGAAGCUCCUGGCCUCAACCAUCCUCCCCCCUCAGCCUCCUGAACUGCUGAGAUUCCAGGUGGGAGCACCACGAGAGGCCCUGCAUUUCUCCUCUGUGCUUAUGGCCACAUGCAGCUCAGCCUGGACUGCAUAGCCCGGCGUCAGGUGCGUCUCUGCUGACCUGAGCCUGCCUGCAGCACCGACCUAUAUCUUCCCUGAAGCAACUCCAGGGAAGUUGGGAGAGACGAUGGCCAUGGUGAGGACCCCGCACUGCUGUGCUGAUGGAUGAGGUGAAGGAGGGAAGGAUACCCCAUGGGAAGGCUGUGAGAGGGAGGAGAAGCCCAUGGUCACCCUCACCUAAAAGGGGCUGACUCAGGAAGGCACCAGGGCUAUUUGCUGCUAUGUCCCAGCUCUCAGUGAGAUGAGGACAAACCAGACAGACAGUGGCUGGGGGUCAGGAAAGACCCCAUUACAGUCUGAAAUGUCUGCAGAGGGGUUGGGCCCACCCCUACCUCAGCCCUAAAGAAAUGAGAGCCAGGCUCCUGGGGAGGGCAGUUCUGCUUCCUGUGUGGCUGCAGAUGACACAACCCCAUGACAAGAAGAUCUAGCCUCCAAGUGUCCACACCCUGUGUGUCUCUGUCCUGCCAGCACCAAGGGCUCAUCCAUCCGCAGAGCAGGGCAGUGGGAGGAGACGCCAUGACCCCCAUCCUCAUGGUCCUGAUCUAUGUCGGGCUGAGUCUGGGCCCCAGGACCCACGUGCAGGCAGAGACCCUCCCCAAGCCCACCCUUUGGGCUGAGCCAGGCUCUGUGAUCACCCAGGGGAGUCCUGUGACCCUCAGGUGUCAGGGGAACCUGGAGACCCAGGAGUACCGUCUACAUCGAGAAAAACCAUCAGCAUCCUGGAUUAGGCAGAUCCCACAAGAUCUUGUGAAGAAGGGCCAGUUCCCCAUCCAGUCCAUUGCUGGGGAACACGCAGGGCGGUAUCGCUGUCGGUAUCGCGGACGCACUCACUGGUCAGAGUUCAGUGACCCCCUGGAGCUGGUGGUGACAGGAUAUUACAUCAAACCCAACCUCUCAGCCCUGCCCAGCCCUGUGGUGACCCCAGGAGUAAACGUGACCCUCCAGUGUGGCUCACAGGUGGCAUUUGAUGGGUUUGCUCUGCACAGUGAAGGAGAAGAUGAACACCCACAGCGCCUGAACUCCCAGCCCCAUGCCCGUUGGCCAUCCCGGGCCGUCUUCUCUGUGGGCCCCGUGAGCCCGAGUCGCAGGUGGACGUACAGGUGCUAUGGUUAUGACUCUCAAUCUCCCUAUGUGUGGUCUUUACCCAGUGAUCUCCUGGAGCUGCUGGUCCCAGGUGUUUCUGAGAAGCCAUCACUCUCAGCGCAGCCGGGUCCUGUCGUGGAGCCUGGGGAGACCCUGACCCUCCAGUGUGGCUCUGAUGUUGGCUACGACAGCUUCGCUCUGUACAAGGAUUGGGGACCUGACCUCCUCCAGCGCCCUGGCCGGCAGCUCCAGGCUGGGCUCUCCCAGGCCAGCUUCACCCUGAGCCCUGUGAGCCACUCCCACGGGGGCCAGUACAGAUGCUCCGGUGCCCACAACCUCUCCUCCGAGUGGUCGGCCCCCAGUGACCCCCUGGACAUCCUGAUCGCAGGACAGUUCCCUGACAGACCCUCCCUCUCAGUGCAGCCGGGCCCCAGGGUGGCCUCAGGAGAGAAAGUGACCCUGCUGUGUCAGUCACAGGGGUGGAUGUACACUUUCCUUCUGACCAAGGAGGGAGCAGCUGAUGCCCCCGUGCGUCUAAGAUCAAAGUACCAAUCUGAUAAGUACCAGGCUGAAUUCCCCAUGAGUCCUGUGACCUCAGCCCAUGCGGGGACCUACAGGUGCUACGGCUCAUACAGCUCCAACCCCUACGUGCUGUCUCACCCCAGCGAGCCCCUGGAGCUCAUGGUCUCAGUCUCAGGAGCAGCUGAGACCCUCAGCCCAUCACAAAACAAGUCUGACUCCAAGCCUGCCUCACGCCCCCAGGAUUACACAGUGGGGAAUCUCAUCCGCAUGGGCAUGGCUGGCUUGGUCCUGGUGGUCCUCGGCAUUCUGCUAUUUGAGGCUCAGCACAGCCAGAGAAGCCCCCAAGGUGCAGCCAGGAGGUGAACAGCAGAGAAGAUAUUGCAGCCUGCAGAGUGGUCGAACCUUGAGAACAGAUCUGAUGAUCCCAGCAGGUUCUGGAGACAAUUUAGGCCUGAUGCUAUCUGGAUUGUCUGCUGAUCAUUUCUAGAGGGAGGAAAUCAGAGUUCCAGUGCAGAGACAUUUUCCAGGGUGAUCCAUGGAGGACCAUGAACAUGUGAUACCUUUCCUCUCCAUGAAUGCUGACUUCCCAUCGUUGGGUCCCCUUCUUUUCCCUCCCCCAGACAUGAGGCUCCAUCCCACGUGGCAGCGUUGGGUCCGUACCUCUGCAUAUCUUCGUGCUCUGGUCCAUGGCAUGUAACACAGUCUUCCUUAUUCCUCAUUGCCACACUCCCUGGUGAGAUUUACUGAGCCUCCAUCUCUUCAGUUCAGCGUUCCAAAUGUGGUCCAGUAAAUAAAUCAAUGGGAGAGCAUCAGAUUUCAACCAGGAAAAGAUGAAUCCACCCGGAUGCCCCAACACCCUCUCCGGACCCUACGAGCCCUUCCCUCUUUCUCAGAUACUAUCUGUGUGACUUCCCUCAGAUCAUUGUGUGACCAUCACUGCCAUCCUGUUCCACACCAUCGUCAUCACCCGACACCCACUCAGCAGUCACUCCCAUUUCCUCUCCCUCCAGCACCUGGUAACCAGGAGUGUGCUUUCUGUCUCUAUGGAUUUGCAUAUUCUGGUUGAAAACAUUUCGAUCUACCUAUGACCUGUGAGCUCCUCACUUCAAGACGUCCCGCCUUUCUAGGCAGAACAAAAGUAUACCAUGUCAAAACAAUGAUAGGCAUUUACAGUGUGUUGGUGAUCCACGAAAGGAAAGUCACGGAAGUAGGAGAGAAAUCCAACUGAAGACAAGACCUCAGGCCAAUGAACCUUGUCAGUGAGUUGAGCUGUUUCUUUCUUUUCACUUGUGACAGUCAGAGAGAAACAUGCAAAAAUGACUGGGGCUGAUUCUUCUCUGACUUCUCCCAAACAGCAAGAGGACUUGAGUCCCAGCAUGAAAGCGUUAAACAUUCCUCGGUCAAAGACCACUGUGUUUGAAGGAUGUAAAACUGCCUCAUAGGCUGGAAUGGUUGGGAGAAGUACCCGAAGGACCAAAUAAUCCUGAACCUUCUAGGACAAAGGGAACAGCCAUUCGCCGUUUACCAUGUAGAAUAAAUACAUUCCAUUAGGGACAUUUUCAAAGACUCAACAGAAUAUGAAUGAUCACAAUAUUAUGCUUAUAGGUAAAGCAUAAUAUUGUAGACAUGUUAAUAUUUGAGUGAGAAUAUCUUCCAAGUCUUCGUUUGAUUGUGCCAGGCCAAAAAUUUGGGCCAGAUUUCAGCGAUGUCAAGCGGGAGACUCUGGCAUCUGUCACUGAUUACCUUCCAGGCACACCUGGCCACCAGCCCUUCCCGUGGAUCCCACGUGUGUCUCGUGACUCUCGGAUAGGAAUCUGUGAACACACUGACCUCUGCCUUCUACCUGGCUGACUUGUAGGGUACUUUUUCAACAUCUCCCGGUCUUUUGUUUUUCUGUUGGGAAGUCCCAUCCCAAUGCGCAUGCUACCCUUCUGACAGGCCGAGUUGAAAAUCACAGAACACAAACAUGCGUUUUAAACUAUACAAUUUACGCCAGACAACUUGAGUCUAGCAUAUGUACUUUUUAAUCUACUCCUGAUAUUUUUCAAUGUAUCGUGGUAGGUCAAGAUUUGCAUUUCACGUUUAAAUGUGUGCACCCUAACACUUAAUUAGUCUUCCCUCAUCUCUGUCGAAUGUUCAACUCUAUAAUUCAUGAGUUGUUGCCAGACGUCAUUCUCCCUUCUUUCCUUCUGACAUGUGCAGUAGAUAUGAGGUCCUCCCUGCUCACGAUAUUCCCCCAAGUAUGGUGAAUUUCCACUUUCGGUGCCUCCAGGGUGCCUUCUGGAAAAUUCUCUCAAUUUUGUUUUCCAAUUUAAUAAAUGUCUCUUCAGCUGUAUCUUGACCCUGAUAGAAUAAAUAUUUUGAUU